AUCGAAGCCAAAUAAAAGACGGCAAACUUUGUCGGAAAGGCUUUGGCUCAAUUCUGAGGUUUCGGUGUACAGGAGAACUGGCUCUAAAAUGAAUGUUUUGAGUUGUUAAACUAUACACCUCAACAGGACGAGAGUAGUCAGACGAACCGUUAUGGCUGACAGCCGUACCCCGAGGGGAGGGGGUCUGACGGGGUGGCUCCCCCUGUUGGUGGGCCUCAUGGUGACAGUACAUGUGGCUACUGUCACUGCGCAUGGCGGAAACCCAAAUACUGAUGACAGGUGUGUGCCGUGGAUCUGCUCCUGCUUUUACUACGGCGUCUACUACGACAAAGGCGACGUGUGGGAGUCUCAGAGUGACCCCUGCACCAAGUACCAGUGUGUUGACAAUGGCGUCUUUCUCCCUAUAAAGGCUGGUUGUUCCUUCAAGGGCGAGUGUCGGGAAAGGAACAGCACGUGGGCCGAGGGAUGUUUCCGGUACCGAUGUAACGUGGAAAACGACUUCUCUACAUAUGAGCUAGAAGAAGCAGCCUGUGUGUGGAAGGACGGCAACUGCUACAAGGUAGGACAAAAGGCAGUGGAACACUGUGACACCUUUGAAUGCCAGAUAGAUGAUGGCUGUUAUGUGAUGAAGAAAGUCAAGACAGGCUGCCUGACCCAUGACGUGGAGAAGCCGUGCAAGCCGAUGCUGAGCUUCUGGCAGGACGAGUGUGCAGUCUACCAGUGUACCGGUGAAAGGCAGGACAAGUUGAGGGCCAGGAUCCUCACACAUUCCCAUGAUGUGAUGAUGUGGCCUCGAGGUCACUACGCCCUGCCCGAACCUGUGGGAGGAUGCCCCAACUAUGGGGAGAACUUCUGGCGUGAGAGUUGGUACAAGCAGUGCGGGGACGGCUGCAACUACAAGUCCCAGGAGUUCUUCCUGAAAGGCAACUACACCGCCCUCGAGUUGGACCACCACUUCUGCGUGCAUCACGACGUGGACGACCCCUCCAUCAUCCCACUGUACCAGACAUACUGGGAAGCUGGCCGAUACUGCAUCCUCAGGUUCAAUGGGACGUGUCCGGAUGGCUUCGAAGAGGGGUUCGUGGAGAUGAACAACCACGUAUGCAACGCCACCAACGUCACAGUGGGGGCCCUCCCCGACGGUAACUUCACCUGCACUACCACCCGUAUGGAGUUCUGCUGCAGAUAUGAUGGUGAAAUCGAACGCCCCAUCGUGCUGCCGGCCAAACACCAGUUUGUGUUGUUCAUGGCUAACAAUGAGUCGGAAUGUCAACAAGUCAGAGGAAUGAACCACAAGAUCCAGUUCUGGAGCUUCUGUGACGUUAAUGAUGGCGUCCUCCGGGAGAUGAAUGGAUCUUUACCCUUUAUCAAGACCGGGGACAACAACACCCUCAUCAACUCCUGCUUCUACAGCCCCAUCGGCUGCGGUUGCACCGAUGUAGAUGAGGAGGUUGUUGCUGUCGGCGAGAGGGUCACUAAGAAGUGUGUGACGAAGGAGUGUCGGGACGUCUUCAACCACAACAUCCUGGUGGUGGUGGAGGGAGGCUGUAUGGACGACGUGAGCCUGAAGUGUCGGCUUGAGAACGAGUCGUGGACGGACAUGGUGGGGGAGACGUGCAAGAUGAAGUUGUGUGUCAGGAAUUACGACAACAAAACGCAAACUGCCUUCUUCGAGAUCGCCGACAUGGGUUUGGGUUGUCGAGACAAAGAUCAGUGCGUGCCCUUGAACUACACCAAGGUGAAAGGGUGUUACCAAUCCCAAUGCCAGGAGGACAAGGUCACGGGACUUGCCGGCUUCGAGGUGAUAAGAGCAGGGUGUUCCGAUGGUCAUGGGCACUGCAUCCCCCAGGGCCAGAACGUCACCCAGGGGUGCAUCACUCUCAACUGCGACAGAACAAGGUCUGCCUGCGGACUCAGUGUCGUCAAAGGAGGGUGCUCUGCACGAGGUGGCAAGUGUUUCGAGGUGGGUGUGAACAUCACACAGAACUGUAUGCACUACUCCUGCAAAGAGUACAGGACCUCCAAGUCCAUCAAGUGGAAGCUAGAAGUCACUCAAGCAGGGUGUAUUGACAGUAAGCGUAAAUGCUACAAUGCGGGAGACAGGCUGAACGCCAGCUGUUGUACGUACGAGUGCAUCUUCGGUGACCGGCCAGGCUUCUACCCGGUGUGGGCGGGAUGCAACACCAACCUGGGCUGUGUUCCACCCAACGAGAAACUGAAGCACGGCUGUUCUACUUACAACUGUACCCAGUUUGAAAAUGGCACACGGAAACUGUUCCUGGAAAGCAAAGGCUGCACAUACAAGGGGAAGUGUUACGACGUCGGGUCUAACAUCACUGAUGCCAAGCAGUGUAUAACGUACACCUGUACUCUAGGUGGGAAGCUGAGAAGAUCGCUGGAAUGUCCAUGGCAGAAGAAAUGCUAUCCACCAAACAAGGAGUUUAAAGAUGGCUGCAACACAUACAGGUGCAGUGUGAACGCAACCCAUCGAGUGAUUCAGCACGUCCAGCUAGCCUGCAAGGUGGACGGUAAAUGUAUCGACCCUGGCGUCGUGUACAAGCGCAACUGCAACACCUACAAGUGCAGCGAGGACAAGAAGUCUUGCCACUCCUACCUUAUAGAAGUUGGCUGCAAAGACAAAGAUACGAGGAAGUGUUUGGAGAAGGGUGAUAUCAUGCGACACGGCUGCUCAGACUUUGUAUGUCAACCCAACGGGAAAAACAACCCCUUCAAGUUCAAAUCUGGGGAUUGCAAUUAUAACAACAAGUGCUACAAGUUAGGCAAGCCUAUGUCCACCGGCAACUGUGGCACUGCGACGUGCCAAUACAAGAAGAAGGAUGACCCUUCGUCUGGACUGGUCAUCAGGACAUCUAAAGGCUGCGAGAAGGACGGGAAGUGCAUAGGCCAGGGAGAGGGGAGUUGGGACAAGACCGCCAGUCCCUACUACUGCUACAAGUCUAUGUGUCACUACGGGAAGAUAUACGACCGUGUGGGCAUUCUGUGCAAGACCAAGGACAACGAAUGUUUGACGGUCAAGGACGGGGAGAGCACGCAUUAUAAGAUGGUAUACAAGGGCCGCACCUGUUCAGCAACGUGUUUAUUGAAAGGCAACCAAAUAAAAAUCCGAGACAUCAAAUGUUAAGAUCAUGACAGAUGUGUUAUCAAAGGUCACUUUGAGUUUCUUUCAGAUUUCAAUUGUCAAAUUUGAGGAUUUGGUUAUAUUCUGAUUUAGUGAAUGACGAUGUAUAUUUGAAAGUGAACUAAAUUUGACAGUUAAUAAAACCGAUGCUGAGAAUAAAUAAUAUAUUUCUGUUGAUGAAGUAGCUCAUUCCA